AUGAGCAAUUUCGCCGCCACCAUGUGGUUCAUGACAUUGGACAUGGCGAGUGGAUUCUGGGCAGUCCCGAUGACGGCCCGGGCCCAGCUGAUCUCAGCAUUCAUUUGCCCGCUAGGACACUUCCAGUGGAAGCGCAUGCCGUUCGGACUCAAGAAUGCUCCGUUGAUUUACCAGCAACUCCUGGACAACUGUCUCUGGGGCUUCGUCCGGCUACCCCCGGAAGAGGAACGACUCGUCGACCCAGAGAUGGGGCCUGUGCUGUCCCGGAGUUCGUACAUCGAUGACAUCAUCUACGGAGCUCCGUCCUGGGAUGACCUGUGCAAGACGCUGAAUGCCCUCCUGUACCGACUGCGGUACUGGAACAUCUCAGUGAGCCUCCCGAAGAGCGAAUUUGGAGUCAAGAAGUGCAAGUACCUCGGGCACGACAUCAGCUAA